GCUCUGCUCGGGGCGUGCGGGCGUCCGCCGCGGUCUGUGCGCUGGGAUGAGCCGGGCUCCCGGUGGAAGCGAGGGAAGCCAGCCGCAGCAGCCAUGGCCAGUACAAUGGUAGCAGUUGGACUGACCAUUGCAGCUGCAGGAUUUGCAGGCCGUUAUGUUUUGCAAGCCAUGAAGCAUAUGGAGCCUCAAGUAAAACAAGUUUUUCAGAGUCUACCAAAAUCUGCCUUCAGUGGUGGCUAUUACAGAGGUGGGUUUGAACCCAAAAUGACAAAACGGGAAGCAGCAUUAAUACUAGGUGUAAGCCCUACUGCCAAUAAAGGGAAAAUAAGAGAUGCUCACCGACGAAUUAUGCUUUUAAAUCAUCCUGACAAAGGAGGGUCUCCGUAUAUAGCAGCCAAAAUCAAUGAAGCUAAAGAUCUGCUAGAAGGUCAAGCUAAAAAAUGAAGUAAAUGUAUCAUGAAUUUUAAGUACAUAUUACUUUAUGUAUAUGAGUACUAGCUUUUUAUAAUAAAAUGCCUCAGAGUUACAGUUUUAAAAAACGAUUUAGCACAAGCUAAAUCUCAAAGCCUUGGUAUAAUUUUUGUUUAAACACGGGGAUUUUAAAUUAGACCAUAGUUUAGAAUAUUUGCAUAUUAUGGGCAAACACCAUUUGAAGAUUAAUAUUGUUCAUUCCUCAUUUAGCAGAUGAUUUGGGACCUAUGUCUACUCUUCAAGGCAAAGUGAAGAUGACAGUCCUUGCUCUCAGGGAGCCCCCACUUUAAUGGGAGACUGAUAAACUGGUAAUCGGACUGUGUGAUAAAUAGUAUGAUAGAAAUUCACUCAAGCUGUUCAAGUAGGGAGUCUUAUGAGUUUAAAAAGAAACAAAAAAGAUAAAAAAAAAGGCUGUUCCAGGUACAGGCAACUGGCCCAGCAACUUGGAUACUUGGAACCUUGUAUUUAAAAGUGAAUUUAGCCACAGCUUAGACCUGAGAAAUUGACCUAGGGGUGUGGGUGGGUGUAUAUGUAUUCUAUUUACAUACAUAUAUUAAUAAACAGUAUUUCAUACAUUAAAAAUAGUAUGAUAAAGAUUUCAGAGUACAGGUCUGGCACAAUCAGCUCAUUGCAGCCUCAACCUUCUGGGCUCAAGCAAUCCUCCCACCUCAGCCUCCCAAAGUGCUGGGAUUACAGCCAUGAGAAGUAUUUACUUUGUAUUCAGCUAGCCCCUUAAAGGUACUGACCAUUUAUAAAUUAUUCCUUCAGUUGGCUAUUUCUUGACAAUCAAACUUUUGUAAUUAUGAUUAAGCUUAAACACUGUUAGCAAAACUGAAAUGUUCUCAAUAUCAAAAUAUUCAAUUUGGACUAUUAAUUUAUACACUAAUAAAUGAUGUUUAAAGGCAGAUUACUUACUGUUAAUCUAACAUAAAAUAUAUAAGGAUCUCAACCAGAGGACCUGUAUAAAACAUCUGACAUAAACUUGUAUUUCCCAAGAGGAGUAUUUGUUAUGCAUAGCUCUAAUAUGAUAAAGUAUAAUACCUACCAUCUAAACGUCCUUAAAUCAUUAGAAGGUUCUUAGUUAUUAAUGGAGGAUACAAGGACUUCUGAGGUUAAAAAGUAGUGGAGGUAAUAUUUAUCUGCCUCUUAAAGGUGUAUCUGCUCUUUGUGUUUUCUAUCCUAUACCCUUGUUUAAAAUCUGAUGGAGUCUGUUAUGAUUUAGUGUCAUGCUGAAGCACUAGCUUCUAAGACUUUUAUACAGGAUAAUUAUUUCCAGGGAAAAGCAGACAGAAAGGUAUAGUUGGUUCUUGUUUGUGGUAAUUCUGUUUUUUAAGGCGGUUGUGAACACUGAAGUCGCAAAUAAGUGACAAGUUCCUAAGAGAAUUAGAUUCUGUGACCCUUUUGUCACAGUUUUGUCUGCCAGUCAGUAUAUAACCUUCAUCUACAUGCUUCUGCGUGAAAACACCUUUAGUAGUAUUUCAUUAACUGAAUUCACAGCCAACAGCACUGUAACUCACGCUGGGCACAUCACGGCCGCCUUUGCAUUUAAGAAUACUAGGCAGCACACUGCACUACUCCUCUUGGGAACCAUCUUAAAACAGCAAAAUCAACAAAAAGCAUACACAUGAAACCUGGCACUAAAUAGAUCCCAAAAAGGAUACCUGUUUAUGAUUUGAGAGCUGAUACGUGGCACAGGAUUGCCUUGUGCACAUAAACUGAUCUCAAUUUUUUAUCACUGCAAAUAUUCACAAAUGACCAGAAAAGGAUGUUGAUUUUGGAGUUACAAAUAAAUUCUAGUGAGUAGGCAAAUUCACAAGUAAGGAAUCCUAAUAAUGAGGAUCAACUAGAUUUUGGUUUACUAACCUUUUAUUUCAGUCCAUUGGACAAAUCAAAAAAUGUUUCUCUGAACAAGAGGUUUAUGAAGAAAUAGUUCACUUAAAAGCAAAUUUUUCAAAGACAGACAAUGAAGCAUUAACUCUAAAAAGGGAAAUUUAACUUAAUAGGUAUAAAUACUUGAGUGUUUAGUGCAAAUAGCAUACCUGUUCUAAGACAGGUGUUAAGACAAUGGAAGCCACUCUCAUACUGAGCAGCACAGCAGAGCACAUUUUUUCUUGCAGAGUCAUCAGUUUUACUUUCUCUAGGCUUACCUUUUUCAAGUAGAAGAAUCCGUAUUUCAUUGAAGGCUAUUAGGCAAACUGAACAUUUAAAUGUCGUCUGUGAGGGCUCUACAUCAUGGUAGGUAAUUGAUGCAAAUACAAUCCAUAAAAACUUUUAUUCUCUUACAAAAUACUUGAUCUGUAACAUUUAUUGAGUACUUAUAAUGUGCUAGCACUGUGCUAAGUAUUCUUCCUUAUAUGUGCUAGCACUGUGCUUAGUUUCACAUGUGAUGACUAGUUAUGAUGAGUACGUUUCACGUGAGGAAAUGGAAGUUUAGUAAGAUGAAGCACCCAAGGUGACAUGCUGAGAAAGGCUGAUCUUUCUCAGAUCCCGAGUUCUAUUCUCUUUUGUACUACAGCCUUCGCAAUUCUGAUAACCUAAGCAUGUUUUCCUUGAUGGUACUGAGGUUUGAGUCUGGUACUUGUCUCUACGGAUGUAGCUUGGGGUCUCAUUGGUUUACUCAGUGUUUACUCAUUGGUGCUUCGAGAUAUAUUUCACAGGAGAAGUCAGCAUGAUUAAACACACUUAGGAAAUGGGAGGUAGGUUGCAAGUUAAACUUCUGCAAAAGCUAGGUAAAUCUGAGCUUCAAAGCUCUGGCUUUCUCUGUAAAAGGGCAAGAUACAUGAGCAACUUGAAAUUCUGAGGAUUCCUCCACAUUUAUGGCUAGGGAAACAAAAGUCCAGAGCAAAUGGUUUGAGGCCCCACAGCUGGUGAAACUAGAAUUAGGUCCUGAGAGUCUUCUCCAAUUCACUGUGUUCAUAUUAGUCCUCUUAGAAGUUUGUGGGGAAUUCCGAUCUAGAGCUUUCAUAUUAGACCUGAAUAUCAAAAGUUUUUGUGAGUCACUUAAGCCUCUUCCCUUUGGCCUUUACUGGUCACCUGAGUUGACAUUAUUAGAAAUGAGUCCUAAGGUGCUAUAUAAAAACUGCUUUGUUGGUAAAAAGUGAGCUAUAAUGGGUGGUCCUAGAAGUUAAACUCUCUUCCCACCUUUAGUUCUCCUGCCGUCAAGUAUUUUUCCAAAUGAUGUACUUAUGGAAACAUUUAAAUGGAAAAACAGUGAGAACUGAGAAAAAUUAGGUAACCAUCUUAACAUACUGCCACACUGAAAGCUGAAUAAAUUCGGUAUACUGAAUAUAUACAUCCUCCCAUACAGAAAACCUUGUAUCAGAAAUGUCUAAAAACAAAACAGGCAUAAUGCUUCAUUUAAAGGGUUAGCGGGGUUUUAGUUAGAAUGCGGAGUUCUAUCAUGAGAAAUUAUAUAAGGCAUCUCUCUGUUGACAGUGACCUAUCAAGGUUUUACAGUCCAGAAGCUUGUAGCAGGUUCACAUUUUGAGUGCACAUGAUACUCCAAACAUGGUAACAUGAAAAUUUAGAACAUGGCUCAACAAUGUGAAAGAACAGACUAAUUUUUUAAAAACUGGUAAAUUUGAUGUAAACGAAGUAAAAAAAAUCACUAUGUAGAAUGCUCUCCUAGGUUUUUGGUUAUGUAAAGUAUCCUGGAGUGGGUAACCUUGAGUACCAGUUAACUUGAAUGACCUAAGCUCUGCUUUUAGUUUUUGGACUGCUGUUCAGUGUGCUGUUAAUUGGCUUAAAGCCAGCUACUGCCUUAGCAACAAGAUAUAUUUAAAUGAAAGUUGCCAGGAAAAAAAAAAAAAGCAACAAGAUAUAGAUAUAUGAAGAGCUCCUAUGUUGUGUCACCUAUUACUCCUCACCCAGUGAUACGAGAUAAUCUGUUAUGGUUAACAUUCACUGCCAUCUUACUGCUGUUUCAAUUAAUGAAAUUUCAAAUAUAUGUUUGCAUUUUCAUUUACAACCUAAAGACAGCAAGUUAGUUGAAAAGGGAAGCUUAAAGAGGUUGAAAUAUAGGCACCAGGCAACAAUUAAGUAUAAAUUAUCUGAAAAAGCUAUUGGAAAAUACUUUUAAUGAAAAUGGUCUCUAAAACUAAAAAAUCAAUACGUACAUUUUACAGUUAAUCCAGUUAAGAGGAUACAAAUGUGUAAAAACUUUUAGC